ACAGUGAAGGAGAGGAGGGAUGGAGGAGCCGGGUUCAUAUAGGCUACAGUGUAAGAAGUUUGAUUCUCAGAGGCUCUUCAAAGGAAUAUGUGCUAUUGGAUCUGUAGACGCGCCGCGUCCCACGGGGGCUCCAUAACCUCUCUAACCUUUAAGUCAAAGGCCCUCGGAGAACAUAAAAUAUGGUCUAUUUAUUUCAUCAGCCGUCCUCUCCACCGCAACAUCAGCCAGGUCUUCCAAGCUAUCUUACAAUAAUAAUAACACACACACACACACACACACACACACACACACACACACACACACACACACACACACACACACACACACACACACACACACACACACACACACACACACACACACACACACACACCAGCGGAUUUCUAGUGAAUAAAUGAUUGUGUGUAGGUUCGGUGGGAUGAUCAGCUCUGGAGGUUCGGCUCCGUUCUUCAUCUCUGAAUGUCUGCGUCGGAAUUCGGCACGGUGACGCAGACGACACCAAACCCGCGCUGUUUCAAUUCAAUCAGCCUGACGCGAUCAGAGGAAGCCUCUGCUGCUGCUGCAGGACUCUAUAUGGAGCUGUUUGCACAGAAGGUGUGCUCACUGAGUCCGUCCCUUCUGAGCAUCAACAGGACGAUUGGGUGAACAAGGAGCACCGAGAGGCUCUAAUGUUGGUUUUUGCAGUAAUUUUGUUUUUGCAUUCAGAAGAGGCGUCACAGAGAGGGGACUGGGAUUUUAGGAGACAAAUUAUUAGAAUAAAUAAACAGAAAACGUCCAUGAAUCUGUGUUCACAUUUUCUAGAAAUCAGCUGAUCAAUAGAUCCAUAAUCUACCAAACACGCGCCAUUCUGGGACUGUGUCGCGAUUUUUAGCGACAUAUUGUUAUUCAUAACGGUAGCAAUAAUAUAAUAUGACACGUUCCAACAACUUUCUAUAUCAAAUGUCACGAUGCAUGCUCGUCAUCCCUCAGUUGUGGAUUUUAUUUGUUUAUAAAACUUAAUGUUUUCUAAAAGUACACAUUUGAUAAAACUGGAAAAUAAAAUAAUAAUCCAGUCGCAGAUUGCGGUGAAACAUCAGCUGCGUUUCUAAAAAUAAUCAGAUUUGAUUCAUCUGAACUACAGCCUUCUUCUAUUAUUAUUUAAAAUAAAUUUUAAAUAAAAACGUUCUUAAUCUUAGCACAUUCCUUCACACGUGUGUGAAACUACUACUUUUAAAAAUGUUGCAUCAAUAAAUGCAUCAGAGCUGAAGGAAACUAAAACACGCGUCAGCUUCCUCAUUUCCCUUCAUAAUUUUAUUUUAUAAAGCUUAAAAUCACGUCAUUUGACUAUUUUAACCAGAGUGAAUAAAUCCAGAUGUGUGUGUGUGUGCUGUGUGUGUGUGUGUGUGAGAGAGAGAGAGACGAACUAAAAACAUUUUCUGUUUAUAAAACAUAAAUCAUAUCAUUAGAAUUACAGUUCACGCCGCCUGAACAUGGAAUAAUCCAGAUUAUCUUUUCCUAAAUGCAUCAGACAUGUUGAAUUAUGAAGUUCGUCGAAGUGUUAAAGUUCAGAUUUUUAUUUUGGUGUCGUCUCCGAGCAUGCGGUGUUCCACUUAAUGCCUAAAAUAUAUAUUUACCGGUGCAAACACACACUUAGCUGUGAUAAUAUGCAGGUGCCUCUGUAGUUAGGAUAAUCUCCGGUUUUUGCAGAUUACAACAGCGAGCAUAAUCGCGAUGGUUUACUGUCCGCGUCUACGUGCUGAACGGCUUUAACCGUGUUUGGAUUUUCAGGACACAUUUGCUGUUUUUGUUUAUUAGAUCACAUAUCUCAGUGAUGCUCUUCCAGCCUCCGAAGCUGGUUCAGAGAUUUGUGGGAAAAGUUGUUAAAAGGUGCAUUUUCUAAAGUCAGCCUUGGACAAAAUGUGCUAGAAAGUGUUUUUAUUUUUUAAGAUAAAAGGAAUAGAAUAAAGCGUAAUGGCGCGCGCGCUUUAGUAUGCAUGUAUAUAAUUUAAUGUAGAAAAUAAAAGAAAAACAAAAAAGCGCUUUUUAAAUAAAAAAAAAAAGAGCUGCGGAAAAAGCUGCGCCUGCAGCGCGCUGCGGCUUCUCCAGCGUUAACUUUCACUGUCUUCCGUCUAAUCAAACUCUUACUUUCCGCUGUUCGUAAUUCCAUAUUUUCAAUUCCUGAUCACUACUUUCCUCUUUUUUCUACUUGUAUCUAUCCAUCCAUCCCUCUUCCUCCCUCCCUCCCUCUUCCUCCCUCCCUCCCUCUCUCUCCCGAGCUCUCCUUUGCUGAAUCUUAUUGAUCCAGAAGGCGGCUAAUUAGCCCUUCCCUUCGUGCCUGUGUAAUGAAGCACAUGCGCACUGAAUUAAUCACAGCCAUUUUUUGCAGGAAACUAAUUAGCAGGAAUAAAGAUCCAAAGAGUUUUUUCUUUUCAAUCAUCAGAUCUCACUUUCACCUCUUCCUCGCUCCCUCUAACACAAGACUCAUCGCCUGCUUUGCAUCCAAAUUAUUUUUAUAUUGCCUUUAACAACUAAUAGUAGCCUACCUACUUCGGGUUUUUUACGCUCCGCAACAACAAUGAUCUUUCUUUUGCCACCCUAAACGCAAACUGACCAAAAGGAGACUGCCUUGAUGGGAUCUUUAGCUAAAUCGUCUCGAUACUGGAUUAAAAAGCGAGGAUCACAAAGCGGCAGCGAGAAAUAGCCUGGAUGCGAUGAUUGCCUCAUGUAGGCAUCAGCAUGGACAGCUGUGAGUCUCCCGUGGUUUCUGGGACAGAGGAUGGGCUCAGCUCCUCCCAGCAGCAGCAAGCACCCCAACCCUGGAACGACCACUCAAGCUCACAGGUUACUUGUGUCAGCCAGGCCCCAUCCCUGGAUGCCCGGUCUCUCUCAGCUUCGUAUCCGUCUCAACCCCAAAACUCCAUUGCACCUCAUGACGGGGUGAGAGAACUGCACUCUCAACAGCAGAAGCCACAACAGACAUUACCCCUGGCCCAUCGAGAGGGCUCCUCCAUAGGCCAGCUGCAUCGCAGAAGAGAGGGUCGUGAGGAGGUGGAGCAGGAGCGAGAGAGCUGUGGAGAAGAGGAAGAAUCUGAAGACUUGGACGAAAUGGAAAUUGACAGCUGUUUUCCAAGCCUUCAACCCUUUCCUGGGGUGCCAAUAGCGUCAGGUGGUGGGGGCAUGCCCACUCUUUUGCGACAUCAACCCACGCAACAGCAGGGACCACCUGAGAGCGGGAGUGAGGAAGGAGAGGAGGAGGAGGAAGAAGAGAGCAGUGACGUAGAAAAUCUGGCUGGAGAAAUAGUUUAUCAGCCAGAUGGCUCAGCCUAUAUCGUGGAGAGCCUGAGUCAGCUGAUCCAAAGUAGUGAAGGUUUGGUACCAGGCCUGCUUCCCACAAACUCACUCACAAGUGGAAGCAAACUGGGAGAACCUGCUGGGACGUCAUCCUCAGUCUACCCACAGAUCAUCAACACUUUCCACAUAGCCUCGUCUUUUGGGAAGUGGUUUGGUAAUUCAGACCAAGGUUUUCCCAAUACCUCAACGAUGGCAGGUCUCAGCCCUGUCCUGCACAGUUUCCGUGUCUUCGACGUGCGGCACAAAAGCAACAAGGAUUACCUGAACAGCGAUGGGUCUGCCAAGAAGUCCUGUGUAUCCAAAGAUGUUCCCAACAAUGUGGAUUUCUCCAAAUUUGAUGGGCUAGCUCUUUAUGGCAAGGGUAAGCCCAUUCUAAUGUGUUUUCUCUGCAAGCUGUCCUUUGGCUAUGCCCGUUCUUUUGCCACUCACGCCGUCCAUGAUCACCGCAUGACACUGUGUGAAGACGAAAGGCAGCUAUUAGGGGACAAGCAUGCCUCUGCCAUCAUCCAGGGUAUUGGGAAGGACAAAGAACCGCUUAUUAGUUUCCUGGAACCAAAAAAUAAGAGUAGUCCACUGCCACCUACACUGCUCCCUAUGAACUCUGGGCAGAGCUUCUUCGGCACAUUUAGUGGUGUCCAUCUGGAACCUGGAAGCAAUAGUGGGGGCAGUGAGACCCUCUUGAACAAAGACUCUGACUCUGGCCUCCAACAACAGCAGCAACAACAAACCCCACAUGUCUCUGUCCACUCUUUAAGUGGGUUGAACCUUUCCAAAGCAUCCACUCUCUCCUCAUCCUCAGGCUCUGCCAAAGACUCCAGUGCCCUGCCCAAACAGGGAGGGAGAACAGAGGAGCCUGCAGGGAAAGAGUUGGCAUGCAAGGGGAAUGACGGGAACGCCGAGGGACUUGAAAGCAUUGCUCAACUCUCUAACCAGUUAGGGGUUUCGGAAGAAGAGGAGGAACUGUUAUUAGGGGAAGAAGAUGAGUUGGAGGCAGAAAGCACUGCAGUGGCCUGUGGUGGUACAAGUAGCAGCGGUGGGUGUGAGGCGGGAGAACCAGCUGUCUCAAACCAAAGCAAUUCCAAAUCUCCUUUAUUAAUGCCUAGUAGCACUCUCCAGCCUUCUGCCUGCAACUCUGCAGUCAGUUCCACACUCAACAGCAAAGCCUUUGCUUCCAUUUCCUCCUCUGUCAAGGAAGAGGGUUCAGCUGCAGAUGGUGGAGGGAGGACCUCAGAGCUCCCUCUGAGCUUUAACUGCCAGGGACCACCUGUUCCCAUGGCAAUGGCGGCAGCUGCCGUCAGAAGGAGCGAGGAUGAAACUGCUGGCACUUCCUCCUCACCUCUGUCCUCCAAUGCUGCUGCUGAAGAAAGUGCCAAUCGAGAUAGUGCCACAGCUCCAGAACCAAAUGAUUGCCCAGCAGAAGGGGAGGAGGAAAAUGGAGCCCUUCUGCAUCAUCACCACAUGCACCACCAUCAUCAUCAUCACCUUCACCCUUCAUCUCUUGGUCACUCACUUUCCCUCCAAGGGGGCUCCUGUGACAUAACAGGAAUGGGUGAGUGUUCACAGAACCAUGGCUCUGGUGGAAGUGGAGGAAGUGGGGUAGAGUGCCCUAAAUGCGAUACCGUUUUGGGUUCCUCGCGGUCUUUAGGUGGUCACAUGACCAUGAUGCAUUCGCGCAAUUCUUGCAAGACAUUAAAGUGUCCCAAAUGCAAUUGGCAUUAUAAGUACCAGCAGACGUUAGAGGCUCACAUGAAAGAAAAGCACCCAGAUUCUGGAGGCUCCUGUGUUUAUUGCAGCAGUGGUCAAAGUCAUCCUCGUCUGGCUCGUGGAGAAAGUUAUACCUGCGGAUACAAGCCCUUCCGGUGUGAGGUGUGCAACUACUCCACCACCACAAAGGGCAACCUAAGCAUCCACAUGCAGUCGGAUAAGCACCUAAACAACAUGCAGACACUGCAAAAUGGAGGUUCCAUCGGCUCCGCUCAGGAGCAGGUCUUUGGACAUACCCCUGGAGGAGUGGUGGCUGUGCCCUCGGUGACCCAGGCCAGCAGCCAUCACACUCCUCACCACCAUCCGACGCAGACCUCCACUCACAUGUCUGUUCCGUGUGGAGCCCCUUCACCAACCAAGCCCAAGAGUAAACCUACUUGGCGGUGUGAAGUCUGUGACUAUGAAACUAAUGUGGCAAGAAAUUUACGCAUUCACAUGACCAGUGAGAAGCACAUGCACAACAUGAUGCUUCUCCAGCAGAAUGUGACUCAAAUGCAACACGGACGACUCGGCUUGGGAGCUAUGCCUUCGCCAUCAGAGGCGGAGCUCUAUCAGUAUUAUUUGACCCAGAACAUGAGCCUUCCACCAGGCCUCAAGAUGGACCCAUCUGGACCCGAAGCCCAGUUUUUGAUGGGAAGCUUCCACAUGGAUCCUAGCAUGGCUGCCUUGGCUCCUGCCCUUGGCGGAGAAAUCCCCAUGGAUAUGCGUCUUGGCGGUGGGCAGUUGGUGUCCGAAGAACUGAUGACCCUUGGAGAAAGUUUAUCGCAAACCACAGACCCCUCCCUGAAGCUCUUUCAGUGUGCGGUGUGCAACCGCUUCACCACUGACAACCUGGAUGUGCUCGGCAUGCAUAUGGGAGCUGAACGGAGCUUGCCGGAGGAGGAGUGGCGUGCCGUGGUAGGAGACUCUCAUCAGUGCAAGUUGUGCCACUACACCACUCAGCUAAAGGCCAACUUCCAGCUGCACUGCAAAACGGACAAGCACGUGCAGAAGUACCAGCUUGUGGCCCACAUCAAAGAAGGGGGCAAAGGCAAUGAGUGGCGCCUGAAAUGUGUGGCCAUUGGCAACCCUGUACAUCUGAAGUGUAACGCCUGUGACUACUACACCAACAGCCUGGAGAAGCUGAGGAUGCACACUGUCAAUACCCGCCAUGAGGCAAGCCUCAAAUUGUAUAAGGGCAUUCCCAACCGGGAGGAGACACAAAGGAAGACCCAGGACACGCUGGAAGGACUAUGUUUCUCAGCCUUGGGAUUCCCCCAGGGGAGCUGAUCCAAGUGGCUGGGGAGAGGGAAGUCUGGCCCUCCUUACUUGGGCUGCUGCCCCUGCGACCCAAAUCCGGAUAAGCGGACGAAAGUGGAUGGAUGGUUGUUUUUGUGACCACAAAGACUGAUUUAAAAAUAUCCAUCCACCAGUUUCCUGAGUUAUGAAUUUUUAUUUGAAGUUGUUGGACCGAGGACAUUUUCUUUAGUGUCGAGAGAGAAUAGCCAUCUCUUCCUGGAUUUUAUGGCUCUAGAUGUCCAUCCAUGUUUUUGCCUAAUUGCUGUGUGCUGGAGUCCAGCACUGGGAGCUGUAAAUCUCCCCGUGUAAUGCAGAAAAUGUUUUCUCCAGAUGUAGAAGAAAAGAUUUCAUCCUUUUGUAAUUAAACGGUGCAGCCCAGGGUGUCAUGCGGUUUUUAUGAGGAGCUCUGGAAAAGAUUGCUCGGCACCUUGUUUUCUCAUUACGCCUUUUAUUCUUGAACCCAAAAAGAUGGAUGGAAUGAAAGAUGAAAACAAAACAUGUAGUUUGGAAUAGAAGCAACAUGGAAAUUAUAGUGAGUGUGUAGCGGAAACAAAGGACUAACUAUCGUAUAGCUGACCCAAUGAAAGAGCAAAGUCUAUUUUUAAAUUCAAUAAAUAUUCUCAGAUGUUCUUUAUACACUUCUGUUUAAAAUGGACUUAUGGAAGAACACAAAUCGGACAGUUUUAGAGACUUAAUGACAACUUUAUUCACUGAAAAAAUACAUAUUUAGUGACGAGUUUUUCAUGAAGACUGAACAUGAAAAUAGUCUCCUACACCUCCUGCAUUAGCUUCUGAUAGAAAAUGGACGUUGAAACUGUAGGACAGGGGUCCCCAGUCCUGGUCCUGGAGGGCCGGUGUCCUGCAUGUUUUAGUUUGAACUCUGUUUCAACACACCUGAUUUCAAUCAGCAGCUAAUUAACAGGCUUCUGCAGAGCCUGAUGAGCCGCUGCACAGGUGUUUCAACCAGUGAAUCAAGUCUGUUGGAGCAGAAAAACCACAAAGCCUGCUGGAUACCGACCCUCCAGGACCAGGAUUGGGGACUCCUGCUGUAGGAUUUGAAAAUCCUGACAGAUCUACGUCACACUGUCACGUUCAUGGACUCACCCAUCUUGUCUCUCGACGGGGAAGGCCGUUUUUGGUUUAGCGUCCAGGAAACGGCAUAGAACGUCUGGCUAGUAGAAGCUAACCGUUAGCAUUAGCAUCUCCACCACAAGGCAGAACUCCUUCAGGGUGUGUUAUUUGUGAAGAUGAAAUCCUCGUUGCGAGUCAGUGGUAGAGUCGUGUUGCUGUUAUCCAAUCCAAGGCAAGAUGUCCAAGUAUGAGGAAAUGAGAGGGUGUUUCUCAAUGUCAAGGCGCCUGGCCUCGCAAGGUGAUGUCUUGCGAGGCCAGGCGCCUUGCUUAUGAGGACACAUUCCUUCCUUGGUUAAAGAAAACGGUUAAAUGGAACAGACUUGCGUCACGUUACCACGGCGGUCACGUAACGUCACGUGACAUGGGAGACGUUAUAUUUUAUACGUAUUAGUUUCAAUAUAAAUAUAUAACGAGCCUUUUACCUUUAAAUUGUGUAUAUAUUUGUUAAAUUAAAAAUAUAAGUGAGUUACUACCCGCUAGUCACCAAAUCAGUAACUAUUAAGCAACUAACCAACCAUAGAGAACUUCUUUGGAUCUAAAAAAAACAUUUUAAAUUAGUUGUCUUACUUUUAAACUUGAAAAUUGCCCCCGAAGUAGCUGCCGGCUUCUGAUCCACCAUCCUUUUGAAAAUACUGUGGUGUAUCCUGGGUGAUUUUUGACCAAGGCUAGGCUACAAGAAACAUCCCGUGUAUCCUUGCUCAGCUAGCUAAACGGCUAACAAACGGAGAACACAUGCCUCGGUAGAACAUGAACAUUGGAACACGUCUUGGCGGCUCCCGAUGACGUAUCUCCUAGGCAACCAGGGCGGGGCCAAGACAUCAAGGCGAGGUUCCUUGGCAUUGAGAAACACCCAGAGUCCAAAACCUGCCUCCUCCUCUGGCGGACUUGUACUUCCUGAUUGAGUUGCAUCUGAGAUUGUUUUCCCCUGAGUACGACCUUCAAGGCAUUUGUUCCUACCAGAGACCACUGCAACUGUGUUGAUUAAACAAGUUUCCCACGACAAGACAUUUGUUCAGUUUCUGAAAGACACAGAUGCUUUAUGAUGCUUACAUUCCUUCCUAACACAUUCAUGCCCCGAAUCGACGUAGUGGAUCUGUUUUUUUUACUCAACUUGACCCCACACUGCUUUGUUUACCUUGGGGUCACGCUGGAUUAUAGAUAGUGAUACGAAGAGUUUACACAAGAGCCUUUUGGUCAACAUAAGCAGUUUCACUUAUUGAUGGUUUAUCCACUCUUGUUUUAUAAUAUGCACUUUACAGAAGUCUAUUUGUAAGGAGAUCCUAGAGUUCCAUAAAACAGAAGCGAGUCCCAGUGAACUUGCAGACUUGCCUCCAGAUGAUGCACUCACCGGCCGCCUCACACGCUGUUUUUUAAAAUGUCACUAGAUUCAAUCAGCGGCGUCCCUAAAAGGAAAGCCUGCUGAACAAUUCCAACUCAAAUCGCUGUUUUCAGCCUGUGUCCCGUGACAGGAAUUUUCCCAAUCCAAGCUCGUUAGGUUGGAACGGUCAUGUUAAAACGGCCGGACCCACGCGGGCUUCCUGCGCAGCUGCAGGUGAAACGAGAACUCUGGGAGCUGUUAAAGUUUGAACAUGAAAUUGUGAUACCUGGAAUGCAAAUGGUUAUUCAAAUGAUCAGUGUUUAAUUUGCAUGCUGAAAGCCGUGAGGGAGAGGGAGAAUCUUAAUAAGUUUUGUAAAGCAAAAUAUUUUAUUAUGCGUUUAUAUUUCAGAAGUGAGGGUGUAUUAAUUUUUCAGUUUUACAUCCCAGUGAGACCAAAACAUCUAUUUCUGUUGCUUUCUCUGCCAAAGAUGCUGACUUUCACAACAUGCUAAUCACUCAUUGCAAAAAUCUAGAAAGUUUUCAUCUCAUAAUUAAACUAAUUUAAACUUCCUAGAAUUUCUGGAGUUAGAAGGUAUUAAAUAAACUUAGAGCCACCUCAACUGCUGAUGUAGGAAGUUCUAAAGAGGCAGAUCCACUAGGACAGCUAAAUAAUACAUUACAGCACCUGCUUUUAUUUAUCAAAUAAGCCUUAUCAUUUAAUUUUCUUCCAUUUACAGCCUCUUCUGGAGGCUCAGUAUCCAGUAUGUGCAGACAACAGCCAGGUUUGGAAUAGUUUGAUAAUAGAUCUGUUCAGAAGGAUUUUUGACUUACUCACAGUAGGUCAGGAGUUUGUGAUUCAGGAGCCUGGGACAAUGUCUGUUGUAGCUGAGACUGAAUUAGAAAAAUAAACCAAAAGCAGAAAAGGGCAUAAGCAGGACCGUCUUUUGUAAUGAUUUGUCACUGAAGGGCAGCGUGAGUUACAGCUGAAUGCUAACCAGAAUCAGCGGUUAGGAGAUCGGCCGCUCCAUCUGGAAGGGAGGUUAGGGCGUUUUCAAACGAGAGAUCCAGCAUCGGAGUAUUCCCAGUGUUCAACUUAACUUUUAAAUCAUUAAACAUGAUGAAGCCAUCUCCACAAAGUCAGAGGUUUAUAUACGAAAAUCAAACACCAUCUGCCAUCUCUGAUCAGACCCAACAGCCAUCAGGCCAGGGUUACCAAGGCAGAACAGGAAAAGCCAUUAACUGCCAAUCACUGCAUCGAUCGACAAGCCAGUCCACCACUGCCACCUCCCCGCUACCCCCACCCACCCUUGCCCACAGACACACAAGCACACUUCACCAGUUACUACUGUACAGCACACACACAC